AUGGCGCUGAUGGUGUGGAUCCUCGGCUUGUUGGGGGAGUACGCGGCACCUGGUUGCGGCGGAGGAGUGCUCAGCCUCGACGACGCGCUCAAGAUCGUCGCGGGGCAUGCGAGGCUCAUUGGGCGGGAACUCGCGCGGUACAUCGGUGGAAAUCCAGAAUACCAUGGGCUGUCCAGCUGCGAUGACGGUGCGAUUGCUGGCGGACUCGCUCAGCUCGACAAGUUGCAGACAGAGCUCAAGGCUUCCGGACGCAAGUGCGCGCGAGUAAACGUACCGUGUGGUUACCAUUCCAGCGCCAUGAACCCUGUCCUCGAUCAUAUUACUGCGCUGGCUUCUACCGUCAAGCUUAACGAUCCAACGUCCACGGCACCGUCGUCGCCCCCAGAGACGCCUCUGUCUCCACUCCCGAGCACUUUCGCCCGCCACUGCGGCGAGCCUGUCAACUUUGAGUAG